AGAUCUUUCAGUGAAUCUGUUCAUUGGAUCAAUCUCCACUGCGCUCGGCAAUCUUAGAAACCUGGUUUCGAUAAAUCUCCAGCACAAUCGUCUGUCGGGCUCCAUCCCAGUUGACAUCGGCAAGCUUUCCCGCCUGCUAUCCCUGGAUCUCACUAGCAAUUCUCUCUGUGCCUCGAUCCCAGAUGUAUUGAGCAAUCUUCAGGCGCUCACAUUCCUAUCUCUCGCGGACAAUACGCUGUCUGGCUCCAUUCCCAAUGAAAUCAGUAACCUUUCAAGACUGAAAAGCCU